CAACUAUUCCUGUUUGGAAAUCAGGGACCAUUUGGUGUUUGUCGAUCGCUAUGUACGUUAGUGCCUCGUUGGAUGAUGCAAGGAGUCGACUACUCUCUCUCUCUUGCCCUGACUCCUGAGUCCAACCGUGUGCUAAUAUACUGUCCAAAAGAAGAAGAAGACCCUUCCUAUUGAUCUAGCAAACCACCUUCUAUCACCGAUAGAGAUUAUAGAGAGAGAGAUAAUGUUGCAAUUCCGUUUGUUUUUCUUUUCUGGAAACGCCAAACUCAACUGUGGAUUCCUGCGGUUGCUGAAGUGAAAGCUUUACGUCCCAUGGAGCACAUUGAAUGCCCUUUUUACGAACAAUCGUAAGUUCCAAAACCCUAACCAUGGAUCAUUCAAUUGACUCCGGAGCUGUAGCACAGGGAAGAUCCAACAAUGAACGUCUUCGCUGGUAGCUUUGUCGUUCAAACCCUUUGAAUCAUAUAAAACUCCUUUCAAUCUUGAGCUCUGGUAGAAUUUUGGUAUAAAGGUCCAGGAUCAACUUAAAGAUGGAACAAUCAUGGCGCUUCAGACCUAUGCCAGGUAACAUCUGCCCUACCUGUUCUAUUUCCCAUUACCCUUUUUGUUCCCGACCUCCCGCAUUCGAUCGGAAUGGCUUUGGAUGCGAUGGUUUCUCUCGGUUCCCUUUAGACAACGAGAACUCGUUUCACAGGCCCUUUUUUGAUCCGUUCUUGGAUAAUCGGAUGGUUCCACCGAUGCACCGUCCUCUGUCACAUAUGGAUUAUCGCCUUAAUUCGAUGGGGACAGUCGGCGGGGACCCAAGUGAUGUAUAUGGGAGUCCACAAACUCGGUAUAAGAAUCAGGAUUUGGAGAGAUAUUCUGUUCGGCCGUUUCCUGGAUCGUCACAGAUGACAGAUUUUGCUAUCACUGGUGGGAAUCUGAGGGAUGAUUUUCAGCCUGGGCGUUUUGAUCACAGUGGCAAUGGAUAUAUGAGAGGAGAGUUUCUUGAGAAGGAUGGAACUCAUAAGAGGAUGAAGAUCGACGGGAUGGGUAGCGGUUCUUCUGCACAGAUUCCUCCGCCUUACCGCCAUGAUUACUUCUCAAAUUCGACCAGAGUAUCGGCUGAGGAUGAACGGAGAUUGAGUUUGAUUCGUAAUCAUGGUAUUACACCAAGUGGUCCAACGUCGCUAAGCGAUUUUGAUUCUUCGUUUGAGACAGGCUCUGGUUUUGCUAGCAGACCAAGUGGAUAUUUAUAUGAAAGUUCACUUCGUGGGAGGAGCCGUAGUGCUGUUGAUGUUGCGCAUGCUAAUUUUGACAGUCAUUCUAAGUUCUCAAAUGAUGCGGGGAUAAACAAUCCUUACCAUCCUGGGUUUGUUUCUGCUGAUAGAAAGGGUUCGGUUAUGCAUCUUGAGCGUGCAUAUGAUAUAUCGGGACAUUUCAUUUGUGACAACGAUGAGAAGAAAGAACUGUCAAGUGAGGAGCAUGGCUCAGGCACCAUUCCACAACAGUUACGAAGUAAAGGAAAUGGUCUUAUUUCAGAUAUCUACCAUGAUUUCUCCCAAAACGUGGAAAGUAGUAGUAAGGAUGCAUUCCAUGGUCUGCAAAAUGAACAGCGGAUGCAGUCUCAUUAUGCUCAAAUGGAAAAUUCUGCAAAUCAUUCUUUGCAGAAUUAUGGACCAAGUAAUGUCCCGGUUGUCACCCAUAACUACUAUGACCCUGGCAGACAAAAUCAGGAGCCAUCAACCCUUCACCGUGAGGAUGUGUAUCGUAAUAAUGCUGACCAUAUGCCUUACCCCUUUACUGUGGGUAGUAAUGAAAGAUACCAUACACAUGAUCAACAUCUUCGGUCAGAGGAUUUUGUGCCUGCAAAGGGACCCCAUUAUCAUCACACAGCUAACUCACAGGUGUCUUCCAGCUCAAACAUGUCACACCAUGAACAGGGUUCUAGUCUCUUGACUGGGAAUGAUCAGCUCCCCCAGCCAUAUCCAUUGCGACGUCCAGUUGGAAGCGUGCAUGAUCAUCAUUUCUAUGGCCCGAAGGUUGAUGCUCGACAGUCCUUUGAAGUUAAACCUCCACCAUUGGCAGAUGUUCAUGUGCCAGUUGGGCCUCAAAAUUUCUCUGCGUCCACAAUGAACAACAGAGGUUAUUACUUACCCAUGUCCACUGAGAACAGCAUGCUGGUGCAGGGUUCUCAGGCAUUUGGACAGCAACCUCCUCUUCCUCCCAUGCCACCAUCACCUCCUCCAGUGGAUCCACCACGACCACCUCCUGGACAUCCCCAGCCUACAACUUCACCUACUGGAUCAUCUUCUUUAUUGCAUCCAAUGCCUUCAAAUUCUUCGACAUGCUUGCCCUUGGGACAACAACCAGCUCAUGAAAUGCAGCCAUCACUACAAACCUAUUUCCACAGUAAGCAACAUAUGCAUGGUUCAACUGGUUUUGUUACAGAAGGAUCACAAAUCAUCCACCAGACAUCUUCUAAACAAUAUUCAGAUGAAGGGAAACCUUUUCCAGUGAAGCAUCCAUCCCCGGAUAGGGUGAAGGUUAUUGAUGCUUCUCACUUAUUUAGGCAGCCACAUAAAGCUACUCGUCCUGAUCAUUUUGUGAUCAUCCUUCGAGGCCUUCCAGGUAGUGGUAAAAGCUAUUUGGCAAAGAUGUUGCGUGAUCUUGAGGUUGAAAAUGGCGGUGAUGCACCCCGGAUUCAUUCGAUGGAUGACUACUUCAUGACUGAAGUUGAAAAGGUUGAGGAGAGUGAGAGUUCAAACUCAUCUAGUUCGGCCAAAGGCAAGAAACGAAUUACAAAGAAGGUGAUGGAGUAUUGCUAUGAACCUGAAAUGGAAGAGGCAUAUCGGUCAAGCAUGUUGAAGGCAUUCAAGAAGACCCUUGAGGAGGGGAAUUUCUCUGUUAUAAUUGUGGAUGACCGCAAUCUGCGGGUAGCUGAUUUUGCUCAGUUUUGGGCAACUGCAAAGAUGUCAGGCUAUGAAGUGUUCCUACUAGAAGCUCCAUACAAGGACCCUAUGGGUUGUGCUGCAAGGAAUGUGCAUGGUUUCACAUCAGAUGACAUACAAAAAAUGGCAGACGAGUGGGAAGAAGCUCCACCUUUGUACUUGCGAGUAGACAUUCAGUCGCUAUUCCAUGGUGAUAAUCUGAACAAGUGUGGGAUCCAGGAGUUAGGCUAUUCAAAGGAUGAAGAGAAAUGGGAUGCUGAAGGUGAUGAUUUGGCUGAAGUAAAAGAACUGCGAAGGAGUAAAUGGUCACAUGAUGUGGAUGAGGAGGAAAUUGAAAAAAUUGAAGGUGCUAAAGGAAAUUUUAAUGCCCUUUCGGGCUUAAUUCAAGCAUAUGGCAAGGGAGACAAAUCUGUUCAUUGGGGUGACCAGGUUGGCAAGACGGGCUUCUCAAUAGGUGCUGCCAAAAGGCAUAAUUUCUUGUCUUUAAUAAUUGGGCCUGGUUCGGGCUACAACUUGAAGUCGAACCCAUUACCCGAAGAGGAGAUUGUCAGUGCAACUGAGACGAGUGGAGAGCAAAGGCGAAGUGUAUUCCAAGAGCAACUUCGUGCAGAACACGAAUCCUUCCGAGCAGUCUUUGACAGAAGACGACAGCGAAUCAGUGUGUUUGAGAUGGAAGAUGAAUAGUGUUAAAACAAUACAAAAUGGUUUUGUCUACAUUUAUUAUAUGAGAAGUUUCCUGCACUUUGGUUGUAGGAAAAGUUCACCCAUCAAUGUUUACCCAAAAAAAAGGGAAAAAUACAGCCAUCAAUGGCUGUAAAUGUCUGCACCCCUUCCCCUACCAUACAGGCUCGAUAGUACGCUCCUUACGGCAUCUGAAGGCGUCGGUUGAGGAAGUGCCUGAAGGAAAACCGUCCCCUUUUCCGUGUUAGCUUCUUUUAGGCUGUAUGGCCAGAGAAGGUAUCUUGGCCUUAGGGCCUUAACUGUACAAUUCAGAUAAUAUUGUGGUUAACAUGAAAGAAAUAUUUUGAGGUUUA